GUGUAAAAUCACUACGAGACAUACUCAAGGUCCACAGGGAAUCUCUUAAUCUAUGAGGAGGGCAAUCACUGAUGAGCGGCGCUGGACUUUCUUUCAUAUGGCAAUGUUGGCGUGGAUGUUACUGCUCACUGUGCGUGUGUCAGGACUGUCCUGGGGCCAACGGACUGAACCCAUGUUUACCUCAGUAACUCAGAGUGUUUUCCCUCCUGACUAUGAGAACAAUCCAACGCAGCUCAACUAUGGUGUUGCUGUCACUGAUGUGGAUGGAGACGGGGAUCUGGAGAUGUUUGUGUCAGGCUACAAUGGGCCAAAUCUGGUGUUGAAGUAUGACAAGUUUAAGAAGAGGCUUGUCAACAUUGCUGUCGACAAUCGCAGUUCUCCAUAUUACGCUCUCAGAGACCGACAGGGCAAUGCCAUUGGAGUGACAGCAUGUGACAUAGAUGGUGACGGCAGGGAGGAAAUUUACGUCCUCAACACUAAUAAUGCCUUUUCAGGGAGAGCGACAUACACUGACAAGCUCUUUAAGUUUCGUAAUGGCCGGUAUGAGGAUUUGCUGAAUGAUGACGUAAAUGAACACAGAGAUGUUGCCAAUCGUGUGGCUGGCCGCUCUGUUGCAUGCGUGGACAGAAAGGGUACAGGCCGUUACUCCAUCUACAUCGCCAACUAUGCCAGCGGGACAGUAGGUCCACACGCUCUGAUUGAAAUGGAUGAAAGUUCAAGUGACCCGUCCAAGGGAAUUGUCGUGCUGUCCAAUGUGGCCGAGCAGGCCGGAGUCAACAAGUUCACAGGGGGACGGGGGGUCGUGGUCGGCCCGAUCCUCAGUCAGACCCUGCCCGAUAUCUUCUGCGACAACGAGUACAGUCCGAACUUCUUGUUUCGCAACAAUGGAGACGGGACGUUCACUGAUGUGGCGGCGCAAGUGGGAGUGGAUGACCCGAUGCAGCAUGGCCGUGGAGUGGCGUUAGCAGAUUUUAACCGGGAUGGGAAGACAGACAUUGUGUAUGGAAAUUGGAACGGGCCACAUCGUCUGUUUCUGCAGCUCAGCAACAAUCGCAAAAAAAGGUUUAAGGAUAUUGCCACUCAGAAGUUUUCCAUGCCAUCUCCUGUUCGCACUGUUAUCGCAGCCGACUUCGACAAUGACAAUGAACUGGAGGUUUUCUUCAACAACAUCGCCUACAGAGGACCAUCAGCCAACAGACUCUUCAGAGUUUCUCGGAGAGAGCAUGGAGAUCCACAAAUUGAGGAGCUGAACGUCGGGGAGGCCGCAGAGCCAGAGGGACGGGGAACCGGAGCGGCUGUGACUGACUUUGAUGGAGAUGGACUGCUGGAUCUUCUGGUCACACAUGGCGAAAGUGCAGCACAACCCAUCUCUGUGUAUCGAGUCACUCAGGGCUCAUCUAAUAAAUGGCUUCGUGUAAUUCCACGCACACAGUUUGGGGCUUUUGCCCGUGGAGCAAAGGUGAUUGUCUACACCAAGCGAAAUGGCCCUCACACACGCAUUAUAGAUGGAGGAUCAGGAUACCUGUGCGAGAUGGAGCCAGUAGCUCACUUUGGAUUUGGGAAAGAUGUGGCCACCAGUGUAGAAGUCUUCUGGCCAGAUGGACGCUCUGUGGCCAGGCCUCUGGAACCCAGUGAUAUGAACAAAGUGAUGGAGAUCCAUUACCCAGAGAAUGAGGAAGAGGCAACCCCAGCGCUGGAGAUCGAGUGUGGGCCAGGGUUUGAGCUCAAUGAAAAUGGCCGUUGCACUGACCAAGACGAGUGCACACAGUUCCCAUCCGUCUGUCCCUCAGAGCGACCCGUCUGCACCAACACCUAUGGGAGCUUCAAGUGUCGUGCAAACAAGAGGUGUAACCAGGGAUAUGAGCCUAAUGACGAAGGGACUGCAUGUGUAGCUCAGGUGGCUUAUUUUGGAGGAAACAGAUCCUCAGCCUCCAAACUCUUGGUUUCCUGUCUUUGGCCUCUUGUACUAACUUUCCUCGCUGUCUUUACUGCUUGCUUGGGGCCAUGAAGGGCAGCUCUUCCCCUGUCCAGACAUCUCUGCCACCCUGCUUGCUCUCCGGUUUUCUGCUUUCCUUUCUUUUUCGCACUGAGGUGUUUGGGAGUCAGCUGUAAAAUGAACUCUCCAUGGACCUGUCGCUCCUGCAAUGUUGUCACUAACAGACCUGUAUAAAUAAUGCUUCGCUAUCCAGUUGGGAACCACAAAAGAUCACUGUUUUUAGGACUGAGUAACUAUUCCCACUCCAUUUAGACUGAGGAAAACUCACUGACCUUCAUAUUCAUUGACUAUGAUGCGGGAGAAGAUUGUAAUUGUUAUGAUCUUUGUAAAAGGCCAUGUCCCAGCGUGUUGCAGGCUCAUAAGCAGAGUUCUUACGCAUUCAGUCUCAUAUCAGCAGCAGAAUGUUAGCAGGUUUUUUAAGGGGAGCAUAUGCCCAGCCAUCUGUUUCAUGCAAGGUUACAUUCCUUGUGCUGUGAAUAAUAAAUUCACUAGAGAUUUGUACUAUACACUUUUGACCCUCACCACUACUCACGACUGCCCUUUGGGAUUGGUGCAUGCUUUUUGGCAUGGAUGAGUGUUGCAAAGCACAGUUUCAUUUAGAAAAUUGUUAUUCGGAUUUACACACUUAGGACUUCAAAGCAGUUUAGCUGCAUAACACAUAGAACUAGAUCUUAUGAUUAGGGAAGACUCUUAUUUUGACUUAAUCAUGCUGUUAUGGACCAAUUCAGGUUUGCGUUAGUACACUAACACCUUGUUUCACAGACAAGCUUAAGCAUAGUCCCAGACUAUAGGUAAGUCUGAACAGAUUGAUGUUAAAUAUCAAUGAGAAUGUUUACAUGGCUACCAAUAAUCUGAUUUUAAUAUAAUUAAGACAAUAGUCUGAUUAAGAGUCUACCACGUUAAUCCAGUCAUAAUUGAACUAAGCAGAAAUCGGAUUAAGACAUGCAGAGUAUGCCGAUUGUAGUUGCAUUAUUGAAGUGUUGAACAAACUAUUACCGUCGUGUAGGAUUUUCGUCACAUUUUUUGACAGGAUAUUCCAUACAUACCGGCUGUUCUGCACCUACCAAAUCAGUUUUUUUUUUUUCAUUCGGCAUGUAGUAGUAGUAUCUAAAUUCUGUUAAAACAACACUUUCAACAGUCAUUUUUAUACGUGCAUCCAAUAUCUCAUUUGUCAUGCGGGGCAUGCAGUUAAAGUUUACACAUAAAAAAAUUAAAACACCCGAAAUCACAUGAAACUCCAGAGGAAAUGUGGAUAGUGUG